AUCACGGAGCGCAGUCGUGUUAUAUUGUGGGGGUGAAAGCGAUUGCACCACAGUUUUAGACUGCCAGCGGCUCUAGUAUACAUUUGUACCCCCUCGGAGACACUGCGCAUAGUUAAAGAAUUAUCUGUUUUGUUAGGAGAGAUCCAUAAGUCUGGCUAGCAAACCGCGACAAGUAUGGAACGAUUACGGCGGGGCGGCAGCCUGAGGGAGCGAGGGGCAAGUUCGGAGGGGAAACUACCGCGCCACACUCCACCGGGGACAGGGGAACAUACCGUGGGAAUAGUGGACGUCAUGAGCGACCCGGGCCAGGCGGGCUGCUUCAUACGGCUGUACUAUCCAGCUGAAAAGGCCGACAUUAUGGCAAGAGACAAACAGUGGCCAAGGUGGUUGCCACGGAAACAGUAUGGCGCAGGCUAUGUAUAUUUUCUGAGUCGGAACACAAAAAUAUUUGGUCGUGUCUUCAAUUGGCUAGGAGGUGAUGUCUAUGUACCUGGACUUUGGAAACACUCCGUCCUGCUUAAUGGUUCCAAGUUUCCAGUGGUGAUCUUCUCUCAUGGAAUUGGGGGAAACCGGACCACAUACACGACUGUCUGCUGCGAGCUGGCCUCGCAGGGGUUUGUGGUGGCCGCUCUGGAACACAGAGAUGGUUCCUCCUCGUUUACAUACUGUCUCCAUGAUAACGAGAAUAACAACGUUGUAAUGGAGAACCCCAGUGAAAAGUCACUCUCCUUCCAUCGCAGCAACAGUUUCACCGAGGAGUUCCGCUGGUUUGAAAAAAUCGAACGUUGGGAUGACUUUACCCAUAGAAACAAACAGAUGUACAUCCGGGCAAGUGAAUGUCAGAGAGCCCUUGAUCUUCUCCAGACACUCAACAAUGGACAAGAAGUUCACAACAUUCUACAUGAGGACUUUGACCUUCUUCAGUUCAAGAACCGACUAGACUUGGGUAAAGCAUCCCUCAUUGGUCAUUCAUUUGGAGGCGCCACAUGUAUUUGUACAUUGGCAAAAGAUAAGAGGUUCAAGGUGGGUAUCGUACUAGACGGCUGGAUGCACCCAUUAGAUGACGAGAUCUAUAGCUCUCCCACCCAACCCAUCCUCUUCAUCAACACAGAGACGUUCCACUGGGAGAAAAACACGGAGCAGAUGAAACAGCUUCUGACGGAAGGAGUGGAGAGACGGAUCAUUACAAUAAGAGGGACAUGCCACCAAAGCCAGACAGACUUCCAGUUUUUGAUCAACAAGCCUAUGGGUCGGUUCCUCAGUGUGCGCCACACAUUGUCUCCACGAAUUGCCAUGGAUCUCAACAACAAGGCGAUGCUCGGCUUUCUGUGGAAACACUUAGGAAUCAAGGAAGAAUUGCAGCAUCAAGACAUUUUAGAAGGCAACCAUGAACACGUCAUCAAGGGAAUUCAUAUCGUGCGGAAAGUGGCUCCAUCCUCCUGAGAUAGUUGUUUCCUUGGUAACCUCCUCCGUCCUUGGUAACCCGUUCUUCCUUGGUAACCCAUACUUCAUCUCAAUACACACUACUCCACAGACUUGUUUUUAUUUAGGGGUGUUUGCAUAAUACUGAAGUUGAAGCUUGUUUGACUUUUGCUGUUGAAUUGGCUGUCUGUUUUUGUUUUUUCUGUCAGAUGUAAGCUACUUUUGUCGCAACAUUUUUACACCUGACAUUUGCUGCUGAUCAACCUUCCCAUGACUGCUGAGAAAACUUUCCUGUUUGGACACUCUCACCCAUUCCCCCCCCCCCCCCCC